CCGGGCACAACAAAACUCUCAGGUGAACAAGCUGCUCGAGUAGUUACAAAAGUGAGAGGGAGGGAAGGAAGGAGGGAAAUGAAGAAUGACCUGGCGGUUGUUGGCCAGAGGCGGAGCGGUGAUCGCGGUUGCGGCCGGCGGUAGUGGCCAAAGAUCUUUGGUAGUGGCGGUGGCGACUCGCGCGGUGCAGUGUGGGAGCGGGGGGGUGGCCGUUGGCGUCCGUUGCGUGUCUCGCGGACUCAGACCGCUGCGACCUGGCGCCGGCGCGCGCGGACCGACCGACCCAGCGACCCACGGAGCGCGCGGCCGCUCGCUCGCUCCCUCGCAGCGGGACAACAGGCGAGUGAACCAAGGGCGAGCCCGCCGCAGGCCCCACUCGGCGCCCCCGGGCCCCGCAGCCACAGCGGCAAAGGAGAGGGAGAGCGAGAGAGACCGGCUCGCAACUUUUCCAAUUAAUCUGAGGCUUGAAAAGGGAAUAGCAACCCUCCCCCCCCCUUCCACUACUCGGGUCGAAGCAGAUCGGCGCCACAAAAACACACACACCAACACGCACAAUGUCCGGCGAAAGGAACAGGCGCUCGCUCGCUUUCCGAACCGGGGCCGCAGCCAUCGCAGUGAAAAUCGAAGCUGAUCUCGCCACCCACAACAACACAGAGGCCUCGAAUGGGGCCCUCGGCCGAAGCAGUCCAGAUAAGCCGGCUGCUCUUCUUGCGGUGGACGCCGGAGACGGGGUCGGAGCCAAGGCGGAGGCCGCUCAGGAUCAAGAAGAGGACUGGGUGGAGACGGUGGUGGUGGACGAUGUGUUCCCGGAGCAAGGGGGCUCGGUGCGAGUGGUGGACGGCGGCUCCAUCAGCAGCAACGAAUCCGAGGAGGAGGCAGCGGCGGCGUCGGUAGAGGAGGAGGCGACGACGAACGGACCCAGGAACGAAGAGCGAGCCGUGGCCCCCGGGGAUGGAGCCAUGGUCAGAGUUGGGCGAGACGAUGAGGAGGAAGUUGAAGAAAUGAGUAGUUGUAGCCGGCGGGGGGCCGGUUUAACGCUGUUGGGGAGGCCCCAGUCCUUCUUACUACCGCAGCAACGCACUUUCCAGAGGUCGUGGCUGCAAGAGUUUCCGUGGCUUCAGUACGAGCAGAAGACAGGCCUCAUGUAUUGCUCCUGGUGCCUUCGGGCUAACAGCGGCCCGGGGAGCAAUAAUAAUCGCAACAAGUUCGUGAAAGGCAGCCGCAAUUACAGGAGGACCACGUUAUUGCGGCAUCAUCUCUACGCCGAACACCGGGAGAACGACCCAGUGGAUGUAGCUGCCUGUAUGGAGGAACCUAUGCUUGCAUCUGGAUCAACAGACGAGUUGUACGGUGAAUAUAAAAGUGAACGAAAUGAAAUUUCCUAUUGCUAUCAACUACUUCAAGAAUUGAAUGAACAGCGUCAGCAAGGAAUUUUGUGUGAUGUCAACAUUGUGGUGAAGGGUCAGGUUUUCAAAGCCCAUAAGAACAUACUAGUUGCAAGCAGCCGUUAUUUUAAGACGCUGUAUUGCUAUACUCCAAAUGAGAGCUGUGACCAAGUUACAGUAACUCAUCUUGAUGUUGUUGCUGUACAAGGUUUCACAGUCAUUCUAGAUUUCAUGUACUCUGGUCAUUUGGUUUUAACCAGCCAAAAUGUCAUUGAAGUUAUGUCUGUAGCAAGCUAUCUGCAAAUGACUGACAUUGUCCAAGCUUGCCGUGGUUUUAUAAAGGAAGCCCUCAACAUCAGUACAAAAUCUAAUGCUGCAGAAAAAAUCAUAGUGCAGUAUGAGAAGGUAAAAACGUCCAACCCAUCCCUUAGAGACAAUACAGUAGCCAUGUUGAAACAUGAGCACAGCAGCCCUUGGGUGGUCAAAUCUACAAGUACGAUGAAUAGUUGUGCAACAGGUGGUUUGCAUGAAGAAAGAAUAAAGUAUGAAAUGGAGGGCUAUGGCUUAGAUAUGGGUUCAGUAAUGCACCAGGAUGAGAGCUACCAUCUUAAUGAUGCAACCUGGAGUCAAGAAAACUUUACAGAUUAUGGUGGAAAAGAUCUGCAGAUGGGGCUAUCUCAAGAUCAAAGUGCUGCUUUUUCUUGGGGAACUUUGGGAAAAUUAAUGUUGCAGCAAGCAGUGCCACGGAGUGGACGAAGGAAAAACCACAUAACUAGAAGAAUCGUAUACAAUGUUGCACCAAAAGUUGAAGAAGGAGCUGGAGAAAACUUAAUGAUGCAACCUCCCAUGGCAUUCUCCGAGGAUGGAUUGCAGGAAAUUCCUGUAGACCCUUUCUCAGCUGGAACAUCUGAUCAAUUCAGAUUUGGACUGUUACAAGAAGCUCAAAACGGAGAAUCGUGGCUCAAUGGUGAUGCUUCAAUUGGUAGCCAAAAUAAAUUCAAAUGCCCGCAUUGUAACUACAUUGCUAAAUAUCGACGCACAUUGAAGAGGCAUCAGCUAAUACAUACUGGGGUGCGAUCCUUUGCUUGCGACAUCUGUGGAAAGCUGUUCACACGAAGAGAACAUGUUAAGAGACAUUCCUUGGUACACAAGAAAGAUAAAAAGUACAAAUGUAUGGUUUGUAAAAAGUUCUUCACUUUAGCAGCCAGUGUUGGUAUUAGGCACGGAUCUCGAAGAUAUGGUGUAUGUUUGGAUUGUUCUGGAGGUGAUAGACCGCCAAAAGGUGACCAUGAUGGUAUGGACCUGAUGGUUGAUCCAGAAUUUUUUAAGGAGCAACAAGAAGAACAGGAUGAGCCAGGUGGAUUGGAACAGGAAGAAAACGAGAGAAUGGUUGGUGAAGAUGUACCAGAUGAAGAAGGAGCAGGGAAUAUCGAUAAAGAGCAAUGGGAAGAUGCAGAGGCUAGUGAGACAUAUGUCAUAUUAGACAAUGACUAGCUAGUACUUAAGCCCUUGUGUUAUAAAACUAAAAUGUUUAAUUAUGGUUAUUCACUGUAUUGACAAACCCCAAGAAUUUUAUUUGAAUUUCAAUAAUUAUGGAUUGGCAACAAAACACUAAAUUUUUGGUAUUUUGCUGAUUAUUGUAACUAUUGGAUAAUUGAUAUUUUAAUGAUUGUAGUUAGUGGUUCAUCCACAGUAAUGAUGGAAGAGUCUUGGGGUCAGUGAAGGGCAAUUCCUUAUAAUAACUGAUACUGAUAUUACCACAUUCUUUCCCCAUGAUCUAUCUGAAAAAGUAUGAGGUAAAAAUGUAAUAGCAUCUCUCACUGACUGGGAUGCAAAAGAAAAUAAGAACAUACUGAAUUCUUGUUAACAGGAGAAGGUCACCCGACACAAACAAACCUAUCAUUUCUGGAAUUGUGAACCCCUGGGUUUACCUAUCUUUUAUGUAUUGCUCUGUUCAAAGCAAAAUAUCCAUUUGGCUCUUGACAUCAUUUGUUUACUCGCAUUUCCUGAUGAUUAUUCCACAACUUCCAUUUUUUGGAUGAAUUAUUACUGUAACCUAUUCUGUUAAUUCAACAUUCUUAAAUUGUCCCCUAUUUGAUUCCAUCACCUUGAUGUUUGCCUGAGUAAGUUGAUUGGUCAUGAGAAUGUGAUCUUGGGUCAUGUUAAACUCUCCUUUUUAUCCAAAGAACAUUAUAGUCUUAUAAUUUAAUUCCUUGUACUCAGGAUCUUUGUUCAUCUUUCAACUUUCAUGAAAGCGGUAUUUUAAUCCCGGAUAGGCAAACAAAACUGAAUAAUAUUGCGUUUGGAGUCUGGCCAUUCCCAGCUGCAACUAUAAUCGUGGAAUGAAUAGGGUUUGACAUUUCAAAAAAGAUUGGGUUUUAACUUUGAUUUCUGGAGUGUCUUUUUAUUGUAUGCAUUUUCAAGGCUCAACCUUGCAGGCAAGAAAGCCCAUUUAAUUAUAUUACGUAGGUGCUAGUAACUUAAUUUUUGAAGUGUUAGUCUGCCGUAAGUAAAGCCAGCAUGCAAUCACUGGAGAAGUAAUCUGCAAAAUAAAUGGCAUCUGAGGUAAAUGAUUGCAGAUUGUGACAUUUAAACAAAAUAAAUUCACUGUACAGCAUCAUUAACAAAGACCAUGCUUAAUACAAUCUUAUUUCUGUGAACUGAGGGGGAAACAACUGGAUAUGUACUUUUAAACUGGUGAUUUACUAGUUAUAAAAAUAGAAUAACUGUCUUAUUGAAUAAAUUAGUGUAAUUGAAUUCCAAUUGACCUAAAAGCAAUGAGGAGAAAAAGUAAUGUAUGAGUAUGAUUAUAUAUAUAUAUAUAUAUAUAUAUAUAUAUAUUCAUGCUACUUAAAGAUCUAUUUAAUGUAAAGUUAUAUGAUCCUCCCCUGGCAUUUAUGAUUCUGAAUUUCUUUACACACUACAUAAUGAAAUGCCAUUACUUGUGGUUUUACAGGGGAGAACACUUCAGAUUUUGGUCCUUCAGUUUACCUGCAAUUGAGUAUAGCCUUUGUUUUAAACUAGAGAGAAAGGCUGUCAAUAUUUUUGUUUGCAGCAUUCCUCUUAGCCAUUUUGUUUAAAAAAAUGAUCCAUUGUGAAAAGAGAAAUUGCUGGGGCAAUGAAGAGGAUUGUUUGAUCUAAUUGAGCAAUUUGAAAAUGACCCACUGCCAAGUAAAUUAAGAUUGAGACAGAUCAAUAUGAAAUUACCGACAAUUGCUUGAAUUAAAUACAGGUUAGUUCAUGUAGCGUUACAGCGAAGCUUCUAAAGACAAGAUCUGCUUCAGUCAAAGCAUAAAAACCACUGGAAAUACUCAUCAGGUCAGGCAGCAAUAUUUAAGAGAGCAACGUGUGUUAACUUUCCAGGUCGAGUUUUCAUCAGAACUACUUAAUUGUUGUGCAGUUAAGAGUAUUUUGAAGUUUUUGCUUCAAUCUAAGCAUUCAAGGCAUUUUGAAAGAUGGCUAUAGAAGAUAUAAAAAACAUUAAAACCCAUUGUAAAACACAAGUUGCUUGAUAUAUCUCCCCUCUCCCCCCCCCCCCCCCGCCCCCGUGAACAUAAUGUAACCAAAACUACGACUAUGCUUUUGCAUACUCCUGUAACUAAUAACAAUGAUUCCGUUGAGAUCAUACAUUUACUUUUUUGUUACGUUUUUUAAACUGUUAAACUACAGUUACAACCAAUAAACCUUUUCCCCGGUUUUGUAGUUGAGAACAUUCUUGGUUUCUUCCCUUUGGGGAAACUGCUCCUGUAUUUAGGAGUUGAGAUUGAUUUCAGAAACCAGAAUUUUCUGCAGAGAAAUGUAGUAUCAUCAUUGUUUUGAGAAAGUUCCAGAACACCGAGACUAAUAUAUAAGUACUAUUAUUGUUUUGUUUUUUUAAAGAGAGCUGCUUCAAACAAACAAUUUGCAAUGGUAUUGUUAGAAGACAUUUAAAGCUAUUAUAAAUGAGCACAUCAAACCAAAAAGAUAUAUUGAAAGACUGCUGCAUUUUUUAGAUAGUGGCUGUGGCAGGUUCUGUGUCACUUUUCAUGACUCCAGAAUUUCCAAUCUGCAUUAGAUGAGUAACUAUCUUAGUCAAAAAUAGCAACAAUAAUAUAAUUGUAAAUUUUGGCAUUGGAGGAAAUAAAAUGGGGGCUGGUAGUUUAAGGGGAAAUUGUGUUCUAUAAAAUUCCUUUCAUUGUGUUUUGUAUUAUGGAAUGCAGUAUCCUUAGCAUUACAGCUUUUUAUUUUUCCAGGCUUUAUGUCCUAAUCUGAUGAUCCUACUGUAGUUUAAAGCGGGUAAGCGAGCAAAUGUGUAAUCUGUUUAAGUAAGCAGCUUCAAAGAUGAACAGAACGCCACUCACAAAAACCUCCAUAAACUUUCUCAGAGUUGAUUUUGCUAGAAAUUAUUAAAAAUGAGAAUACAGGCUGUUUUUUGUCCUGAAUGAUAGCAAUCAAUUCAGCACAAAUUAAAACAUUGCCCCUUAGUCUAUAUACUUACAAUGCAUUGCCCCAUGAAAUGCAAUAUUUCCACGUUUGGCCAUUGGACUGUAUUGUGCUUUAAAACUGAGCAAGAUGAUUUUGUGUGUAUAUUAACUUUUUCUGUAAGUUCUGCACACAAACGUGAAGAAUUUAUUUUAAAUGGGUUUGCUGAAAGGUCUCUAAAAAUACAGAAUAUGACGCUGUGGGCUCACUACACCUUUUAUAUACCAGUAAUUAUAUUUCCACUGGCUUUGAAAGAGGUUUAGCUCAAUGCUAUUCUGCUCUUGUACUCAAUUUUCAGAUAUUUAUCUCUUUUAAAGAAAGCUAAUUAUUUUUGUUUCCAUGCCAGUAGGCGAUUGGUAUUCCACAUUAGUCUUGUCACUGAUGUCAUUACAAUUUAACAUGUUUAUCUGAUGAGAGAUUAUCAAGCCAAAUAAGAGGUAACUUAAUAGCUUGUUCAUAUUUAUGUCUUUUUAAUAUUUUAACAUUUUGAAGAAUAUGUUGCCCUUUUAAUACUAGAGGCAAUCUUAUGGAAAGUUAAGAUCAAGAUAAUUUAGGAAUUGUAUAAAGUUAACUCUUUAUAUAGUCUUGACUAUUUAUACUAUUGCAGGUUGGUAUUAAUGCACUUUACCAUGUUUUGAAACAGGACACAGUGAUGUCACUGCAUUGACAAUUGUGCAUGUUAGAGAAACUUUAACCUUGGCUCUGAUAAAGAUAUAGAAAUUCUUAUAAAAGUUUGUGGCCCCUUGAUGUUAAUCUGCACUCUCUUAUCCUAAUUUAUGCCCCAAAAUGUUGUGCCUCUCAGAUCAUUCGACCCCAACUUUUUCUUAGUCUUAUAAUAAUUGCUUGUAUAUAUUUUUGAAACAUUUUAAUCGAGGUUUCCACAUACUAUCUGCUGACACUUUGUCACUUAUCGUCCUCUUGUUCUCUAAUAAUGUAAGUAGACCGUGGGUUGGUGUGCUAAUGUUACUAAAUACAUGCACCCCUGCCAGAAAAAAAUUAGAGUUGCAGACAUCACUUUUUGAGAUCAUCAAUGCACUAAUUAAUGUUAGUACAGAAGGGAAUUAAUUGUCAGUCUUUACAGCCUGUUUUUAUUUACCCCUUCCCAGAUGAAAUAACUUAGUUUCACAAGGAGAUGUCAGUGUACAGUACUGCAAGGUGUUGUUGUAUAUUGCAAUGGUCUACGCUUUAAAAAAAAAAAGGAUAAUUUUAUGAAACAUAUUAUUUUACAGUUGUAAAGACUAAUGCCACUGUAAUUUAGGCCACAGCUACCAAGAUACAUUUCUGUUCCAAAAAAUGGACCGUGAUCCAUUUUCUUCAGCUUUAGAUCUCGGUAACCAAAGAUAUAACAGAAUACAAAUUUAUGGUUAUUCAAAAGAAUGCAACAUAAUUAUCCUGAAAAAUAAGUUGUAAAAUUCUGAGAUGUUUGUGGUAGAUUCUUCUAGUUUUGUCACUUGAGUUUAUUCAAACAAUUUUAUUCUUUUAAAGGGCAAUACGAAUAGUUUUUAAUUCCACGUGGAUUAAAUAUUUAAAUAUGAGUUAGAUCAAAUAAUUAAGACAAUUAGUUACAAAUUUAUAUCGAUUCUGUCUUUGGCUGUAAUUUUCCAUUGGUGUUGACAGCUAUUUGUAGUUUAAAUUGGGUGCAGCAAACCAUUUGAUUAGAUUAUACCUUUUUCAGUUUUGUAUGUGCCAAACUUGAAGUGUUUAGAGCUAAGCAAGAUUUAGGAACGUCAGAAAGCCAAGUCAGAAUGCCCUGUGAGGAUUUGCCCGCCACUGAUUAUUAUGAAACAUAGCAUUCUAUUGUUUAAGGCAGUUGUGUGUCUAAUCCAUAAAAAAAGUUUAUAUUGUAUAUGUGAUCAGCAAGUCUGACAAUUUGUAACUGCAGAUAUGUUAAUUAUCCACGAGACAAAAUUAAUAAGCUGUGCUUUGGAAAGUAAUUUUUGCAGACUUUUAAAUAGUACAUUUUAGUCCCAUUCUUGUUUCCUAUCAGUUAUUUAUUUAGUAUAAUGGAUUUAUUUUCACUGUAUAGACUGCUGUGUGUAAUAAAUAUCAGUAGUUUAUAGUGGCAGCAUAAAGCAGCUGAUUUAUUUAUAUGGAGGAGGGAGAAGAAAGGGAGGAUUUCUGACUAGAACAAUGAGUUGAUUGAGGUGUUUGACAAAAUACAAAUUGUAGAAAUGUUUCUCAUUUUAAAUAAUUCUGUAUGAAUGUAAUUAUGAUAAUCAUAAUUGGCCAUGGAAUUUACCUCUGAUUUAGGAGUCAUGACUUUUAAAUGAUAGGUUGGUUGAUCUGGUCAGUAAAUAUUGGCGAUUCCCUCAUUGUGUAGACCAAACAUGCUUUUCUGCAAUAAUGGAUUUUUUUUAUAGCAAAAGACGAUUGGGGAAAAAUGUGUAAGGGCACUGAUACAAUGAUAUUAAACCACAUAAGAAUUGAUUUCGGAGCCAGUUCCAUAAGAUUAAAUUAGGUGGAGCUUCUGGAUAGUGCAUUGCAUUCAGCUGAUGCAAUAUAACACGUUCUUUUUUUUUUAAUACUUUAUACAAAUAAUAUAUAUACACUGCAGUAACUAUAUAUUUUCCUAUGAGUGUGAUUGCAGUUCAGUUUAAGAAAAUCAUUCAUUCUUGAGAGAUUAAUGGUCCUCAAACAUUUGUGUUUUGCUUUGAAGUUACUCAAUAGUUGACGGCAAUUUCCUUGCAAAAGCGAUUUAAACAUUAAAUUAGGAUCAAAACGCCUAACAAUCAAUUUUCAGAUUUUGUUGAAUAGAAGCAAAGAAAAAUCUGAUUAGAAUCUCUAAUUUAGUUAUAUUCUCACAUCCUGUAGAUGGUAUUUAUAAAAAAAAGUUAGGGGCAAAAGAGGUAAAAUCAAUCAAAUAUGUGUCUCAUCAUCAAAAUGGAAAAUUGUAAUAUUACAUGAAUGGGAGACCAAAAUGUGGUUUAGAUACUCAGAAUGGUUGUCUUUGCAACAAACACUAUAGUUGUCAUUGCACACUGGUCAAAAGCAGUAACCCAGAAGAUUAAAUUUUCAAUUAUUUUAGAGGUCAUUGGAAAAUAAAAACAUAUUGGUGCCAGAAUUCAAAAGAAUUGUAUGCAUUAACAUCUACAUAAUAGCCUAAUGGAAGCUUUAAUCUUGCUGUAUUGCUGUUGUUCCCGAGGAUUGUUACUUUGUAAACACUGACCAAGAAACUAUGCAUGUUAAUUUUCAAAACCCAAAUCGACAGUCUAACAUUUAUAUAUCUCAUGGGUGUCAAUAUAUAAAAUGUGGCACCAUGUACACACACUCUUUGGUUGCUUUUUGUACCAAACUCUAGUUUUGAAGCACUGAACAGAAGAGAACAUUUGUUAAUAUGAAUGUGACACAAGCUACCAGGGCAGAUCCUUUACGCUUUGCUAUGCUUGUAUGUAAGAUUAUGGAAAUACUUUUCCUUUGGAAAAUGGUAACAAUUGGGUGUUUCUCAUUUUGGAACUUGUUAAAGAAACUCCAAGCUCUAACUCACUUAUAUUCAAUACACUGGGGUCUGCCGAAUAUUGUUCUUGCACUAUAUUAUUUCAUUUACAGACUAAUGCAACUUCAGUUUCUUAAUUACAUUUUGCUCGUGAUUAAACCAAAGUAAUUUUCUCUUGAUUUUGUUAAGAAUAAGUUAAACCUCAGGAAGUAGACCAAAGUAGUGUUGUAGAAAACAGAUAAAUGGUUGGGGAUACUGGUAAAUGGAGAAACUGUCCAUUUAAGAUUGUUAAAGAUUCCUUGAUACUGGUCAAAUAAAAGCACGGGGUUGUAUCAGCUUCUGUGAUCAUUCAUUCUAUACCCAAUAACAUAAAAAAAAUUGGUCAUCUCAAUGCUUUUUGUGGAAUUCAGUUGUGAACAAAUGUUGCAUAAUAGUUGAUGCAUUACUGGUAAUUCGUUAUAUGGAUGGCACUGUGACAUUUGAAAUUUAUGUUGUUACAGUGUAUAAAACGUUCUUUGAAAUCUGAUUUUUUUAAAUGCAAAAACUGAACUUAUGGCCACCAGAAGUUAUACUUGUCACCAGAAUAUCUCUGAGUAAUUAAGGCUGACCUCGGAUAAGAUGAAACAUUUAGUUUGAAGCCUGAAUUUUGAAUGGGAUGCUAAAAUUAUAAGGGCCAGGAGGGUUUGUGUAUUAAAUGAGUUGUACUAAAGCCUGGACUUUCUUUAAAAAGAUUUGUUUGAACAAGUUGAUUUCCUCCCCUCCAAACCUUCCCAUAUUUCUCCAAAGGCCUCAGGGUAACCACAAAAACAUAAUGUAUGGAUAUGAAAGAGUUCACUUUAAAUUAUGAUAAUAGUUCUGUGUUGCACAUUCAUUUUUCUUGUUACUAAUUUUCUUUUAACUUUGAUGUGUUUUAAUAUGUACAUUUGAUAAAUGAUCAGUUUGUAGAUUGUAUUCUGUAAACUGUAAAUUCUUUUUCUAAAGACUUAACAAUUAUUGGUGACUAUUUUUGCUUGUCUAAGCUGGUGCUAUACUUGUACUAAACACAAAUGUUGAAUGAUUUGUUUUGAUAUCUUGGAUCUUUAAUCACACUUUAUAUGUUUCACCAUUGAAUAAGAACGUGAUUUUAAUCAGACAGCUGUGUUGAAUUUGUGAUUUUCACUAUCAAUGCAGGCAAUUAGUGUGUCUCGUAUUGAAGUGGCAGAUUCUGAGAAUGUAUUAAACCAUGUUCUGGGAACAGAGUUGAUCUUUAAACAUGAAUUUUUAGCAAUAUCAGUGAGUAUAACUGGUUAUAUUAGGUGAAACAUUAUUUCAUCCUUCAUGAUUACUCAACCAUUGUCCCUGUAUCUUCGGCUGCCUUGGCCUUAAAUUUCAAUUGUCCAUCUUUAAAUAUUUCCAAAUCUUUACAUGUCUUCCAGUUGCUCCAUAGAAUUUACCCAAUUUCAGUAUGCUUUAGAUCAUCUUCCCUAUUGGUCUUGUGCCUUACCAUUAUUUUUUUUUGUUUGAUAACGCUCCGACAAGUGCCUUGGGAUAAUUUGCUGCUUUAAAGGUGCUAUAUAAAUGGAAGUUGUUCAUAUUCUGCAAAA